UGUCUUGCAGAAUUUUGUAAUGUUUGCUAAAGUUUAAUCAACCAUGGACAUCUCUCUUGAAGUUCUUCUAUCUACAAACAUAAAAAGGAAAACACCUUGCGCAAAGAUCUGUUGGCUAGGACAGGAAAAGGAAUCUGUUUUCCUUGUGGAUGAAAAGCAGCUCAAUGAGAUAAAGCUACACUCUGGUAGUGUGAAGAAGACCACCUCACGUCUGCAAGCAGUGCUUAAUAAGAAGAGCGUUGUGACCCUUGCUUCAUCUCUCAACGGAGCCUGGUUGGCAGGCUUACAUUUAUCGGGGGAAUUAUUCUUGUGGAAUAAGGAUUUUGACUGUUUGCAAACUGUGCCAGCCACUAAUGCAAUCUCACAAAUCCUCACAGAAGCCCAAGUGCACUCAUUGAAGCUGUACCUGUGUGUGUCUGAAGAUGGCAGCAGAGUUAUCUUGGCGACUCACACAGGUUGUGUCUUUUUGUGGGAACUUACUGAGAAAAGAACGUGUUUACUCCCUUCUAAAAGGCAUGUAGUGGCAGGAAGAUGGACCCAUAUUGAGUCACAAGAGUCGACUCUGUUACCCAGCAUGGCUGACAAAGAAGCCACAGUCCACAUAGCAUUUGUAAAAAAUGAGGUCCUUGGUGACUGCUGCCUCUGCACGUUUGCAUUUUACUCUGGAGUGCAACUGGUGAUGACAUUUUUGGCUUUACGCUGGUUUGAGAAUGAUCUGAAGUAUAAUAGUUCACUACCGUACAGAAUCCACUGGGCACAGCAGAACUGUUCAUUAUCCAAUCUCGUCCCUCCGUGUGAGCCAGUGAAAUCGAGAGGAGCCCUUAUUGCCAGCUUUUCAUCAGAUGGUUUAGUUCUGGCUUUGGCAAUGAAUCAAAAAGAUCCCUUGGCAACUCAAAUCCUGUUUAUAAACACAAUGAACUUUAUCACUAUCCCAGGACAUCUGAGGGGCUGUAGCAGCAAAGGACAGCACAUUCCAUCAAGGUUUCUGCGCUCAUAUUGGGUAGGUGAUAUGUCCUGGACAGCAGAUAACCUGUUCCUGGCGUGCGUGUUAAAGCGUGGUUCUCUUCUCUUACUGACGCGUUUGGGUGAGUUGCUCACUCUAACAACUUUCGGUUGUUCUGUUGAGUUUGGACCUGCGGAGUUCAUCCCACUUCACCCAUUGAUCACAUACAGGCCUCCUGUUUCAGUUCUGGAGUCUCAUGAUCCCAAUAAUUCAUUGGGUUCAACUACAUCGGUUACUGACACAAUGAGACAGAGGUAUUCUGUGACCUGUCACCCGCGAUUACCUUACCUUAUCGUCUCUGAUGGCUACAUGUUCACUGCACUUCGAUUUGCUAAAGAUUUAUCGUCCUAUAAUUUUAUGAAGUCCCUUUUGCUGGACUCUGCGCAACGGCUGGAAAGUGUACGUCAGAGAUUGCAACUAGUAAAGCCAAAGAAAAGGUUGGGUAAACUGAAGUCACUCACCAGUUUAAAAGCAAGUUUAUUAAAAGACCGCGAGCAACCUCACCCUGGAACACCCACCAUUCCCAGCUUCCUCCAAACAGAGGAGGAAACCCUCAGACCUGAUCAGUCAACGUUACAGGUUGAUGACGAUGCAUCCGAUAAUGAGGAUUUUCCUAGAUUCUGUGAACCUCCUGUUUCUUUUGGAAGAGCAGAAGAGGGACGACUUGAGUUUGCUUCCAUGUUUGACACCAUGCACGCCAGGGACCAGUUUGAGGGACAGAGUGAUUUGCUAAGUGAUUUGCAUAGAAUUCAGAAGACCCUGCUUACAGCUUGGACAGUUGGCAUAACACUGAGAAACCCGAAUCAGAAAGAUAGUUUAUUGCACUACACUGUGUCAUGCCUGACCCAUUUCUUGGCUGUUUUACAGAGUUCCAAAUGUCCUAGUUUAAAGCAUUCUAAGCCAUCUAAAAAGAUGGUGAAGGGCAAUGACUGGAUUGUUUACAUGACUAUCUUCCAGCAGUGCCUGACCAUUCUGCAUUGGGAUGUAGCACCAAAGCGAACAAUUGGGCACAUAAUCAAGCUAACCUCAGAAACUGCCAAAUUGAUUCUUGAACAUCGUCGAGACAUGCCCACCAAAGGGCUUCUUGAAUGUUUUUGUCUGUUCAAGAUGGUAUCUCAGCAUUUGAAUAUGAUUUAUAAUUUGCAUUAUGAAACUUUCUGGCCAACAACUGAUACAAGCAAUAAAGCAUGUCUUGAUUUGCUGAAGAUUCCCAUAUUUGAAGGAUUGAAUGCCAAACUCAAGCAUUGGUCUUUGGACUGUGUUUUUAAACAACACCCUGAGCCUGCGAACCUCCGGCUAAAAUCAGAGAAAAGGCUGGCAGCAUUAUGGAGCAUUCUAUAUAAACAGGCUCUUCGGUAUCAGAUUCGUUUGAGAAAGUGCAACAGCGAUUACAUGUCACAGCAUUUAUCCCCCAAAAUCUACUUGGAGGAAGAAGCCAUUAGAUCAAUGCUAUGUCACAUACAGGCUGAACUGCAGUCUACAGGUGAACACUUGGACCGGAGCCUGCGUCUGAUUCCUGUGACUGGGGAAGAAUAUUUCUUGUUGGGCUCAUACAAGGAGUCUGUGGAAUUCUGGAACAAAUCGUUCUUAGACGUCACAGCGCAAGGAGGAAGGAGAGCUGGCGUACUUCAGAUUCGGUACUGCCUCGCAAUACUUUAUGGUCACCUCUACAAUUACAACCUAAAUGAUGCCCAGGGCAUGUGUGACCAGCUGGUGAGAGCAUUAUUGAGGAGAUCGAAUCUUCUCACUGACCAGGCACAGGAUACCCAAGUGAGAGCUGAUUGUGAGCAAGACCUGCAAGAUGUCUACCCUGAUGCAGCAUUAGCCGUCAUCCAGUCCAUGGCUAGAUUUAUGGCUGCCUAUUUUACUAACCAACCACUGCAUGUGUGUCCUCCACACAAUGUCUGCAUUUUACCUCCUCUUCAUAUUGCUUCAGAUCGAUUUCCCAGAGCUGUCAAACUCCAGCACAGUUUGGUUGCCGGUGCAAUUAGAGACCAGAAUCUUUCUAGCGUCUGGACGGUGGAGUACGCCCUUGACUUGCUUCUUGUUGGUGGAUUGGUACCAGAGGCUGCAUGGCUGGCAAACCAACUAGGAGACUGGAAGAUGUCUGUUUCAAUGGGCGUAGCAUAUAACCUGUACCAAGAGAGCCUUAGUAAUGAAUCUGAAAAGAAAACACCUGCUCUUCCUCCACACCUCACUCCUGCACAUACAUUCCAGGAGAAGUUACAGUUUUUCCUUGGACGACCUCCGGGUUCAGAAACCACCAUCAAGGACCCUGCUGGAGAGAAGCAGUUUACUGAUCCAAUUGAAGAAGAAGAUGCAGACGUGCUGUUUAGUUCAGUGCAGGAGAUGCUGAAGGCAGCUGUCAUGGCUAAUGCAGAAAUUGUUACGGAGACACUUCAUCAGCUGUUGGAUUCUGCCAAGGAGCUAAUAAGGAAGCUAUCUGGUUUAGUUCCAGAUCGGUUAUACCUCCCAGCACCACCGCUGUACUGUCCCCAGCCUACUUCUGUCAGUGAGGAGGAUCCCAGUGACUUUCUUCUGGAAGCCGAGAAGCGCAGUCGCCAGAAGCUGUCCGGUGUCCUCCAGCGAAUUCUUAUCCUGCUGCGUGCUGCUCGCUGCUCCCUACCAGCAGCACAAUGGUACAUCAAGCAGAUAAAGCGAACACGGAAAAUCAUGCAGAAGAUUAGAGCCAAAGCCUCAUUUACACCUUUGAAUCCGCUGCCAGAAACGCUCCUGAAUUACUCUAAUAGCUGCUCAUCAUUUUUUAAACCUGGGGCAACCAGCGACCUUGUUUCUUCUAGUGUUACAGGUAGCUUUCGAGAGCUUUGUGCAUUAUGCUGGAUGCUUCAUGUACGUGAGAGACUGUCUUACACCUGUAGACAAUACCAGAAAGCAAGGGACAAUGGCAAGCUGUUUAAGAGUUCAGAUGAAUGUGAUCCGUGUGUAACGGAGCACUGUUUUGAGGCACUGGAUUGGGCAUGCCGAAUGCUGCCUUUCACCCGAGUUACUAAUUGUGAGGAGCUGAUACAGGACAUCAUCCUGAGUCUGGUUAGCGAGCUGCCUCCGGUGAAGAAGGUGGCAGAAAUCUUGGUGAAAGCCUUCCCCCAUCCUGAUGUUGUUCGUGUGCCAUUAAGGGAGAAGUAUCAUUCUGUUCAGCAGCGUCUCAGGCACUCGGUGAUUAAAGGACCCGAAGGAGAAGAAAUGAUGUCUGUUAUGAUUCACAAUGUGCAGAAUGUGCAUGUUAAAGCCCUCCGACGUGUGCAAAGAAACAUUGGACCCAUGGAGAUGCACUUAUGGGAGUGUGCUCUUGGAGAGACUUGUGAUGAAGAAACGUUAUGCUAUGACAAAUAUUCUCUGGGUACCAGUCUAAGCAGGAGCACCUUGACUGAUUUUGGAAGGUCCCAAGUUUAUAGCGAAUUGGACACGUUAUCUGAAGCUUUGAUGUCUAAAGACACAAAUGAGAGAACAGGUGAAGAAUAUGUGCAUAAUCUGAAUGCAAGGACUUCAGUAAAUGACCCUGCUGGUCAAAAGCCUGAUGUAUCAAUUGAAAAUCAACAUGCCCUGCCCACCGUUGGUACCUGGGAGUUUGAGAGAGACGAUGAAGAAUACACCAGUUUUUUGGAAAUAUUCCUGAGUUACCUGCUGGAGAAAGAUCUAGUGCAUUACAACGAGCCCGGAAUUCCCUUCCUGACCACGUUCUCCCAUCAUCUUCGAGAACAGGAACUGAAUUCUCUUGUGUUUGAUGUUCACACAACUCUGAAACGUAAACUGGGCAAAGCCAGGAUCCAGAGUGUAUUCCGAGCUGGUUCUUGUUACAACCUUAAUUCUGAUCCCUGCUGUGAUUGCUCUCUUUUGAUGGAGACAUUACAUCAAAGCCAAGUCCCAGCUGAUUUGAAUCCUAAUGUAGCUUUGACUGUUGUCAUCAAAAGGCCAGAGGUUUCCACUUACAAAUCUCUUUUCAAAAGUAAAACUGGAAAUGUGUCCAAAAGUGGACUUUUUGGUUUAAAAGAUCAGAAAGCAAAGAAACAAAAUGAUGAUGAUGGCAAUCUGUCUGCUAAGAAAAACCUGCUGUGUACACACGAUCAGUACAAGUACAAGGUAAUUCAGACCAGGAGCUGUUUGCCAAGUGAAGAGCUUGGGAUUGAACUGCAGGCAAAGUUUAGCAAUGAAGCAAAGCUGGUUGAGUGGAUGGUCAGGUGGUCAGACAAGAGACUCUUCUGGACAGCAGGCAAAAUGGAACCAUGCCAGCCACAGAGCACAGCAAUACGGGUCAAAACCUCGUCAGCUGCUAUUCUUACAUCAAUCUGGCUUUUAGAAAAACCCUACAUCGGAAGUGUACAAAGUGAAAACGCAUGCAAGCUUCCAUUGAGGGAAUACAUUGUAGCUCCCGUUUCCCAGCCACAGAUGAAGCAUGUUUUGCAGAGAAUGGGCAGAAUGGAUGCUGGCGAUGCAGGAUCAGAGAGUGGAACACUCACAGACAUAACAGAACAUACACAACCAGAUGAAAACCUGUCUGCAGGAGAUUAUUCUGUGUCCAUCAAAGAAAUGACUGCAGAUUAUUCUGCUAUACCACAAGCUAUUGCUGAUCCCAGCGAGAAAGUAAAUGUUAAAAUCAGAUCAGACACAGAAGAUGACCAGGAAGAUCAGCUGAACACCGAAAUAAUUCCCAGCAUCUCCGUCAGUAUAAGAUCUUUAUCUCAGCGGAUAUCGAAACAGGCCACCAAAUCUUCUCCAAACACACCAGAUCCUGGAGAAGCAGAGAUUCUGGAAACAGCCAUUGUUGACAAGAAUGUUGACCCAGACAUCGUUGAUUGUGACAUGCCUUCUGUGCUCCAGCCUGCAUCCAAUACAGCAAACGUCAUGCCCAGUGGCACCACCAGCACCGGAGCCCAGGAUUCUCAUGGAGAGCCGAGCACUCAACCCGUGAACACCUCUGAAGCUGUUAGACAGUUAUUCCAAGAUGAAAUGUUUCGGCUCCUGCAGCUUCAGCAGAUAAACUUCAUGAGCAUAAUGCAGGUUGUAGGAUCUUCGUUUGCUGCUCUGCCUAACUUGCAGCAUAUUCUCCAACAAUCCUCUCACACUGGGAGAAACCAAUUGGUAAAUGUUCCUCUGCAGGAGCAUGCAGCCUUUCCAUUCCAGUCUCCAAUCCCUAUGGACAGUGUGCGCAGCCAGGCUCCCCCAAACGCCGAAAUCCUACCGAACACUGGAGCUUGUACUGAGAAACCAAUCCAAGGAACUACCAACAGUGCUGCUCCCACGGAACAAAAUGCUUUGCAUGAUGAGAGCAACAAGGAAAACGUAUCACAGAAGCUUCCUCAAUUGAGUAUUAUUGUAAACCAUGGAACGAAGAAGGAAACUAUUCCAGGAAAUCUGGGAUUACUUGAUGCAGGUCCUAGCCCAAGCUUGCCGUUUAUAGUGGGUCCUAAUGUUCCUGUUAUUUCAGCACAAAUGUCUGCUUCCAGUGGAUUCCCACUGCUUAAACUGCACCCCCAGCCUAACAUCAUGCCUCUGAAUAUAAUUCCAAGAUACUUUUCCCAAGAUUUUGCAUCAUCUAAAGGUCCUCUUCCACCCAGGGAAGCCUGGGGUCCAUCACAAAUGCAGAAGAUCACCCACAGUUCUCGAAAAGCAAAAUGUACUACUGAUACAAAUGUUACAAAGAAUGACCUCAAACUAUUGAGGAAAGCAGAGGAGAACAUGAAGUGGGCAGAAGCAGUGAGAAUUCCAAAACAUCUAUCUACAGACGAUCAGAGUUUGCCAGCUGCUCAUCCAGUUCACCUUCAGAGAUCAAACAUCCAACAGAGUGGACAAAAGCCCCAAAGCUUAUCACAUGGGCUUUCUUUGGAUAACCCAGCAGGAAUUCCUUUACUCCAUUUGAAUAGAAAGCCCAUUCCUUAUUUCCCAUCACAGAAAGGACCUGAUUCCAGGGCUCCGGAAUCCUUACAGUCUCAGGCCAUGACUCCAACAUUAACUUUGCUUAAAACGCACUUACCUCAGCAGCCACAGAAUUUGCCCAUUGGACCCUCUCCCCGGCUGUUACCACUACAGAACUUGAUUAUGUUUGAAAAAAGCCACACAAACCAAGGCCUCGGUGGUACCUCGGAGAACACAUUACAGCUACUGAAGGCAAACAUUAAACCAUUUGAAGAAGUUGUGAAGAAAGGAGAUGAUGAUCCUUUUAAACAAGUAGUGAACAAAGAAGAUAGUAUUAAACGGCAGAGGAGACGCACUAAACAGAAGGACCGCAAACCAGAGAGGAAAGCUUCUGUUACAUUCCGUCCAGAAGAUUCCAUCAUUUUCUCCAAUAAUUUUGAUGACACUGUGCAAUCCGAGAACAUGGAUAACAAACAGCCUGGAUUGGAAGAAGACUCUGACUUUGUCAUUCCCCUAGGUACAUUUGAGUCUCUAUUGUCAAAGGAGAUUCCAGGGAAUCCGAUUCCAUCUAUAUCUGCAGAGUUACAUUACAUGGCAUCGACUCAGAAGAAAGCCCCUGAAAUACGAGACGCCAGCACAAACACAGAUUCUGAGCGUGACUUUACCGCCUCUCUUGCCACGGCUUCCAAGGAGCGCACAAAGCAGUUUAAGAAUUCAGGGACUACGUCUGUCGAUUUGUCUAAUAGUGCGCUGCCUGCUUCUUAUACCGGUGCAGAAAGCCGACUGGAUGACAUUCCUCCAGAUUCCUUGCCACCAGCGAUGUUCCUGAACCUUGGUUUCCAUGAUAACAAGCCAGAGGACAAAGCAGCUCCAACUUCAAAACCAGACCUUCCACACAAUCAUGUUGGCCAACAAUAUAGAAGCGUGAUUGACACUGAGGAAGAUGUGCCAGGGACCGCAGCUUCCAUAGCCCCUUCAGGGAAGACCUAUGACAGACCAGAAAUUUUGACCGAGAAGACUGAUCACCUUGAUGCUCCAGCAGAUCUUCUCAACAUUGCUGGUUCUGAGACUCAUACUAGACAUCCUGACAAUUAUCAGCCCAGAGGAAGCUUCAUUCCAAACAUCCCCAUGGAGAGACAGAGAUUGGUGGAGAGGAUACCUAGUGAAGCAGACAUGGUCACAUACAAGAUGUUGUCUGAGGAUCCCACGUGUGUUCCAUUCGUUGAUUCCAACAGAAGAGCUUGGCCCAGAAUUCCAAGGGAGAAUCAUGCUAUCUCAAAGUUGCAGGAGAUGGAUUUCCAGUUGGCCGCUCUACAAGAAAUGGCAGACAGCAUGGAGAGAGACUUUGCCAAUACUGAGCUUCUGGUUAAUACAAUUGAAAACCUCACACCUGCAGUGGAUCCUGAUGUAAAAGAUGUUAAAGUCUCUGAAAAAGCACUUGAUGUAAAUAAUGUGAGGAUGGAAUCACUUGCCGAGGAAGAUGAAGAGCUUGCAUUACCAAGCCCAGCUGCGAUCACUUCACGUCCUAUAGUUUCCUUUUCAUCAAGCCGCACCUCCAACAACUCUAGACCUUUAACUGCUCCUGCACACCAUACACACGUGGAUAAAAGCAUCCUGGAUCUGACUGGUCUGAGCGAUUUUGCCGAUAUCCUGAACGAUCUCAUGGAGGGAGGUGUUUCUGCUACAGAACUUGGUUUGACAGAGUCUCAGGCUCGGACACUAUCCAGGGCACGGCCGGAUAAUGUUUCAUCGCGAAGUCCUUCAACGAGGACCCAAAAAGAAAAGAGAGAGCUUCAGCUCUGGAUGAAGAGAAAGCGCAGAGAACGUCUGAUUGAGCACCAGAAAAAGCUUGAGGAACUACGUGAAAUGGAGCAUGAUCCUUUUCAACCCAGGAGCAAUGCAAACACUUCAUUUACCACUAAUGCAAUCCGUCUGAAUCAGAGAGAGAAGGAUGAAAAAGAUAAAAGGCUGCUGUCUCAGCAUCACAGUCACCGUGUAUCAGAUGCAGUGAACCUCAUGCAAGAGAUCUUGUCAGAAACCAAGCAGAUUCCAGCAGCAAGUCCCAAAAUAAAACCCAGUGUAUCUGGAGCAUCUACAUCUGGAACCCCAGGACUACGUUCUUCUCCUAAAGGACGGUCUUCAGCUGGAAAGCGCAGCUUGUCUUCCAAACCAUCGGAGAAACGAAGGUCCCUACUGAAAGGCGGCUUUUCUCCACCAAAGGCUCUUUCUACUCCUCCACAAUCAAAAUUAAGGGGUAACUCAACAUUUGUUCUUCCAAAGAGCUCACUGGAUCCCAGACCAAGGGUUAGAAGAGCCCCCAGCUAUCCUGUCCAUGUGAAAUUUGAUGCAUCUUUACCCGGAGACCGCAUGUCUCAGAUCACUCGUAGGGGACUGCUGUCAGGAAGGAAUAUGGCAAAGGUCCAUAAUCAAAUCUCUCUUAAACAAGCCCCCACACCUACUAAAUCACAGCAUCAAGAUCUAAAGAAAUUAAAUUUUAGGCAUGUAGUUAACCAAACUACAGAGGACUUUGAGACGGAAAGGGACGUGGUGAGCCCAUGGGAGGUGCCUGAUGACAUUAACAAGAUAUUAAACAGCCACCGGAACUCACUGCUUUCUCAGGGCUCAUUAUAUGAAGGCGAUGACAGCUUUCGCAAAUCCAAAAUGGAUAAUUCAUCAGAGAGCACAGGCAGCAUCCUCAGCAAACUAGACUGGACUGCCAUAGAAGACAUGGUAGCCAGUAUUGAAAAGACGUGAGCACAGCUGGAACCAGGGGAACAUCUACUGUGGGAGAGAGUUCCAGCCCAGGUGCAGAAUGGAGAACUCCUAUUGGUUAAUCAUGUAAUAAUUAUAGGGUGUCUUAUGGCUAGUGAGAAUAGGGACUCCCCUAUAGAGGCAUCGGAGUUAACCUUUUAAAAGUUUUGACUCGUCCUGCUGGGUUUAUUUUAUUAUUAUUCAAUCACAUGCACUAGUCUGGGAAACAGAUCUGACCUUGCUGAUGGCUUGAAGCCCUCUAAGCAGUUUUGACUUGACUGUCCUCUGUUAGGCCUGUUCCUUCAGCGUGACUGUUUAAGCUAACCUCCAAAACACAAUGAACAUAGAGUUAUUGAAACAAACAAUCUGCUGAAGCUCACUUAAGGAGAUAUGGCUAACUGAGACCAUUGCUGGCCACAAGGAGGAAAUCUAUGUAAUAUUUAUGUUUAUGGAAUUGUUUUCCAGCUUUUUUUCUUUUCGGACUUCCAAUCAGUCUGCCCUCCUAACUCAGCUUUGCUUGAUGAAAUGUGGAGAAAAAAAAUCACUCCAUUUUUUUUAUUACUGCU